UGUAUGGAUCUGAAUUAAGUCAAAUGUUUACUGCUAUGUCCAAAAUUUUCCACCUGAGCCCCAUGGAGCUGCUGUUGCAGCCAGGUAGCUGGAGACCCUUGAGAGGGGCCUGUAAGAAUAAGGCAAGGCAAAAUGAACCAUUCAGAGCCCCUCGAUGGUCUGUGUGUCUGUGCUAUCUUAGAUCAGCAGGGAUGUAGGUGUAUAUGCUUUGCUUUGCAAUGGGGUUAAGAGCAACACUUCACAUUUUCCAUUUCAUUCACUCUGGAAUUCAUCUGGCAAUCCCAGCACACAUGGGAUUUUCACUUAGCAGUUUAUGCAGCCCUUCUGGUAACAUUCCUUGUGCACAGACGCAGACCUGGCCUCGUGCUGCAAUGUGCAGGCAGUCAGGCACCUUCUCCUCCCAGCUCUGUUCAGUCCAAGAUCCAAACAAAAGCGUCACCCUUAAGAUACCAGUAACACUUCAAGCACAUGGAACUCUUCAGCCUUUAAGGCAGUUUGUCAGUCUGGUUGUUAUGAGGAGCAAAUAGUCCUAAGGACAGCUGAAGAAGUGCCGUAAAAGAAGUGCCUCUAAAAGAUUGCGUAACAGGAGCUGUGGACUUUCAGAAAGGACAAGUUUCCAGUAAUGAUUUCUGUGUUGAAAGUUCUGGUGGGGAUUUCCCAGCCAUGGGUAUCCUUUCCAGUUUCCUCUUUUGAAGGGUUUGAAUUGCUUAUAAAUACCCUCUUUGAGUCUGAGAGCACACGAGACCAUCUCCAUCUCCUUUGACUUUGCUGUUCUGCAGUGGUGAGUGACAUUCUGAAUUUGUGAGCUGUGUGCAGUGUUAUGAGCUGGUGUUUUGGGAGCAGAACCAAUGCUUUAGCAUGUGGGGCUUCUUUGUACUCAUGGCAGGAGCAGCAGGGAGUGCUAAAAUUCUGGUUUCUCUUGUGCACCUGCUUUUGUUGUGGAGCUUGUGGUUGCACAGAGGGCACCACUCCUUGCAGGGAGAGAAGGGGGUCCUGGGUGAGCCCUCAGCUCUGAGGCAGCAGCCCAGACAGAGCUGGGGGAGUGGUGGGUUCUCAGUGGUGCUCAAGAACUGCUCAUUUCUCUCACUGUCUCCCAGCUCCCUGCUUGGCCAGGAACCAUGAGGCUCUGGGUCUGCAUUGCAUUGCUCUCCGUUGUUCUGUGUGUGAGUGCUGAGAGACCAAGGAUAGUCCGAGGAAUAGUCCAGGCUGGAAAAUUUGUCCGGGAUGCAGUGGGAGGGGCACGGGAUAUGUACAGAGCAUACAAGGACAUGCGUGAGGCGAAUUACAAAGGUGCUGACAAGUAUUUCCACGCCCGUGGGAAUUAUGAUGCUGCCCGGAGAGGACCUGGUGGUGCUUGGGCAGCAAAAGUGAUCAGCGACGCCCGGGAGGGCUGGCAGAGCCGCGUGAGCGGCAGAGGCGCCGAGGACACCCGGCAGGACCAGGAGGCGAACAGAUGGGGCCGGAGGGGCGGGGACCCGAACCGCUACCGGCCCAAGGGGCUGCCCAGCAAGUACUAGCGCUGAACUCCGCUCC